GUAUAUCACUAUCAGGAAUUUGCUUACUUGUGAAAGUGCCUAGUAUUAUUAUUACAUUAAGGACUGGAGAAUGUCCGAAUCACAAACUUUAUGAUAUAGAACCUGGACUUUAAAUCCACCAUUCUAGUUGAGAUGUUUAGGGUGAAUUGGCAUAAACUGAAACGGUGUAUAACAGCAGAGUCAUGUAGUAGCAAAUGAAUGACUACAUUAAAAGCCAUGUGAAAUUAACAUGUUUUGCUAAUCUGUCUGUUAUUUCAAUUUUAUGUGGUGGUGUUAUGGAUCAUAAUGACAAUGUUGCAUAGAACAAUUUUUAUGAAAAACUUUGGUUUGUUAAAUGUUUGGAGAUCAAGUUUACUUUAUGUUUGUUCUUCAUCAUUAUGUGUGAGGAACAAUUCAAGUUUAGCAAGCACUACAAAAGUUCAUAGGCUAAUUUACAAGAGAUUAUAUCCAACUGUGCUGGUGUUACCAGAUGGGUCUACUGUCAACAUCAGGUACCAUGAGCCAAGAAAAAUUAUCAAACUCCCCCUAGAUAUGAACUCAUUGACUGAGGAAGAACAAAAGCAACGAUUAGCACGAAGAAAACCAAAAGAAAAACUUGUUGUAGAGGAAGAAAUUGAAGAUAGUUUUGAUGCUAACAAAUAUAUUAAAAUGUCAAAACAGAAGAGAUGAAUUCUUUUGAAAGCUGGAAUGACAUUGUGUGAAUACAUUAUUAAAACUUGUCAUAUUAGUUUAA